CCUCCCCUCGCUCUCUCGCGUGGUGGAAAAGGCGACAAGAGGUUAAGAACUCCAUCCGCAGCUCGCACUCGUUGGAGCCCAACACGCAGCUCCCGCCGAUGGCGUGCUUGGCGCCGCAGUUCAAGUGGCCGCCCUCGUCCGACGCACAUUUCAGGCCCUCUCUCAAUUCCAUUCACCCAAGGGCUAGAGAUUCUGUUUCAAGUAGAAGCCAGUGUAUUAUAUCUCCUGCUACAGCUGUAAUUGAAAUUGAGCAGAUACCAACUCUGGAAGCUCAUUCAACUGAUGCUAUUAGACCCUUGAAAUAUACAGCAGCUGUUGGCCCACCUAAAAAGGCAAGUACCAUAGCAACCUUGACUCCUGAAACCCUUCUCACAGAUGAGGAGUCAUUGAUAGCAGCAGCUGCUGCUGAGGCAGUAGCUCUUGCUAGAGCAGCAGUUGAAAUUGCUAGAGAUGCAGCACAAAAGAUCAGAAAGAAUCCAUUUACAGAGUCAGAUAAGUUAAAUCAUUUCACAUCAGAAGCUAACAUGCACAGGCUUGAAAGAGUCAGAUUCACUGAAACAGAAUCCAUCAAAGUCAUGAGCUCUCUUAUUGCUGAAGUUCAUCAAGAGAAUUCAACCGAAAACCCAUCUGAGAUUGAUGUUUUCAACUUAAUGCACAGUGAAAUUGAAAUCAAAGAAAUGUGCCAUUCUAAAGGCAUAGCUGUGAGAUCAGGGCGUCAAACAGAAAGAAGAGCUAAAAGAGCAAGAGCAGCAAAGAAGGAUGCUUCUGGUGUUAUUAACGUGAAGCGUGGAACAUCUGGAAAGAAAAAGCGUUCUUCUUUUCAGGAGGUUGAUUAUUCAGAUCCCUUGCGUUACCUGAGAGGAACAACAAGCACAUCAAAACUUCUCUCAGCAGUGGAAGAACUAGAGUUGUCCAAAGGGAUUCAAGAUCUGUUAAAGCUGGAAAGACUCCGGGAAGAGCUUGUUGGACGAAAUGGUGGUCAACCAACAUUUGCUCAAUGGGCAACUGCUGCUGGAAUUGAUCAGAAGACACUGAGGAAACGCUUAAAUGAUGGCACAUUUUGCAAGGAUAAAAUGAUUAAGAGCAACAUACGCCUUGUCAUUUCCAUUGCAAAAAACUAUCAAAAUGCAGGGUUGAGCCUUCAGGAUCUUGUUCAGGAAGGGUAUAGAGGCCUAGUUAAGGGUGCUGAAAAGUUUGAUGCUUCAAAGGGGUUCAAGUUUUCGACAUACGCUCAUUGGUGGAUCAAACAAGCUGUUCGCAGGUCUCUUUCGGAACAAUCUAGGACAAUCCGUUUGCCAUUUCACAUGGUUGAGGCAACUUACCGAGUACGAGAGGCUAAAAAGCAACUCUACAGUGAGAAUGGGAGGCAUCCAGAUUAUGUGGAAGUUGCAGUGGCAACAGGGUUGUCUAUGAAGAGGGUUGAAACAGUACUGCUUACCCCAAAGGCUCCAAGAUCUCUGGAUCAGAAGAUUGGAAUCAACCAGAACUUAAAGCCUUCGGAAGUCAUGGCCGAUCCUGAAGCUGAGACGUCAGAGGAGAUUCUCAUCAAGAAAUUCAUGAAGGCUGAUCUGAAUAAGGUGUUGGACACUCUGAAUCCUAGAGAGAAGCAGGUGUUGAGAUGGAGAUUCGGGCUGGAUAAUGAGAGGAUAAAGACACUACAAGAGAUAGGCAAGUUGAUGGGUGUCAGCAGGGAGAGGAUUCGGCAAAUCGAGUCAUGUGCUUUUCGAAAACUUAAGAGCAAGAAGAAGAUGAGGAAUCUGCGGCAGUAUCUGAUCUCGUAAGCCUCUCGAAGUCCAUAUCUGUGCAUUCUUUCUAUUCCUUUCGGCGCACCAACGGAGUUUUAUAUGGUCCGUUGGCAGUUUCAUGUACAAGUAUAGUACAUCACGAAGCUUCAAUCUACUUUCUUCAGAACCACCCUUUAUUUACGAGAAUAAGAGUACCAAUUCCAAGUAAAUGUUUCC